UUGUGUUCUUAUCACUGUCUACCAUCUGUCAAAAUAAAUUGUCUUUCUAACCUAGUCGGGUUUUAUCAUUUUUAUAUUAUUAAUAAUGGCAUUUAGACGCUUCUGGAAUCCGAGACAGAUAAAUCAAUUAUGUAAUUAUAGUAAAAAAACAAGCCCCCCUGGAGGAGCUUCAAAAAUUAAUGUACCCACAGAAACAUUUAGCAGGGAAGGGGACAAUGGUAUGUCUAAAACGUUGACAGGUGAAAAAUUACCGAAAAAUCACAAUGUUUUUAAAGCUAUUGGGGCCACUGAAGAACUAUUAAGUUCAAUAGGAGUGGCAAGGGAACAUGCUACAGAAUCUGAACAAGAAUACACUGACAAAUUAAAAAGGAUACAAACCAUUAUUAUUGAUAUUAGCACGGCAAUAUCCAGAUCAGGUGAUAAAACCAAAAAGCCAAUACCUGAUGUAUACACCAAAGAACUGGAAGACUGGAUUAGAGAGUAUUCAAAACAAUUACCACCACCUGAACAAUACAUCAUUCCUGGUGGAGGUGUGGCAAGUGCAUCAUUACAUUUUGCAAGAGCUAUUUGCAGAAAAACCGAACGCGCAAUAUGGCCAUUUGUACAGGAAGGAACUGUGGAUAAAGAGGCACAGAUCUAUUUGAACCGACUGUCAGACUUUUUAUUUACAGUGUCAAGAAUUGCAGCUAAGCAUGAUAAACGGGCUGAGUCAAUUUAUAUACCUAAACCUGAUGAGAAGAUACAAGAACAGAUUAUGUCAGUUGAACAGAAUUAGUGUGUUCAGCAUUUGUGAAGAUUACAUAGAUAAUUGUACAUAUGUAUGAAAAUUUUUUAACCAGAGACUGCCAAACUAAAUGUAACGAAUUUUGUCAGAUGGUUUAAUUCGCGUAGGACUGAAAAAUGGGUUAUAGUGAUGACAAAGUUCCGAUAUUAAAUUAACGAUUGUUAUGUCUUAUAAUUUUUUAAAAAUAUAUAAGUUUAAUUAUA